CAAUUAUUGCCACGGCAAUACUAUUCUCUCUCUCUCCAUUUCUCUCUUUUUCUCUCUCUUUUUCUCUCUCUGAGUUCGUGGUUCAAUUAAAGCUUGGUCUUUCAUAUCCAACUCCACCAUCAGUUUGUAAAGCUAGGGUUGCAUGGAGUUGUAAGAUUCUUAGCUACGUAUUGUACAUAUAUAUAUACAUACAUAUGAAUCCUUAGCAAAUCAUAAUUGGCACAUUUGAUCAUCUCAAAAGGUUGACAAGUAGCCUUGAUCAUUUGUUGCAAUCGGUUAUCUUUGCUGAGGUUUCUGGGGCUCCUAAACUCCCAUCAGGAUUUCUGGUUUCAUUGAAUUCAAGAAACUCGUACAAUCCUAUCAUGGGAGAAAUGGCUGGAUUCCAAUUGGGCGUUAUUGGUGCACUGUUUCUUUCAGUGGCAUCAUCUGUCUCUAUUGUUAUAUGCAACAAAGCUUUGAUGAGCAAUCUCGGCUUCCCUUUUGCAACAACACUUACCAGUUGGCAUCUGAUGGUAACAUUUGGCACCCUUCAUGCGGCACAACGUCUCAAAUUUUUCGAGAGUAAAUCAAUUGACAUGAAGACUGUCAUGCUCUUUGGUAUUCUAAAUGGUGUUUCCAUUGGGCUGCUGAACUUGAGCCUCGGAUUCAAUUCCAUUGGAUUCUACCAGAUGACCAAGCUUGCAAUUAUACCCUUUACUGUGUUACUGGAAACUCUUUUCCUUAAAAAACAAUUCAGCCAGAAGAUCAAGUUUUCUCUCUUCUUAUUAGUUGUUGGAGUUGGAAUUGCCUCAGUGACAGACCUCCAGCUCAAUUUUGUUGGAACUAUUCUCUCUCUUCUAGCCAUCGUGACAACCUGUGUUGGACAAAUUCUAACAAACACAAUACAGAAAAGGCUCAAUGUCUCCUCUACUCAGCUUCUCUACCAAUCAGCCCCUUUUCAAGCAGCUAUUCUUUUUGUAUCAGGCCCUGUGGUCGACCAGUUCCUCACCAAGCAAAAUGUCUUUGCCCACAAAUAUUCUUCCAUAGUUUUGGUAUUCAUCAUACUCUCAUGCCUAAUAGCUGUGUCUGUAAACUUCAGCACCUUCUUAGUAAUUGGCAAGACAUCACCUGUUACAUAUCAAGUGCUAGGCCACCUUAAGACAUGCCUUGUUCUAGGGUUCGGCUACACAUUACUUCAUGACCCUUUCACUGAGAGGAAUAUAAUUGGAAUUCUGGUUGCCAUUUUUGGGAUGGGAUUGUAUUCGUAUUUCUGUGCCCAGGAAAACAAGAAGAAACAAGCUGGUGGUGACCUCUCAUUGGGAUCUCAGAUCAAAGAUAAGGAUGGCACUCCACUUUUGAUCCAAGAUAAAGAUAGCCAUGAGGUUAAGAAAUUAACUAAGAACUCUCUUGUUUGAUUGAUAGGGUUUGUUUUUUUCAGAUCAUAUGGUUGCAUGUGUAUUAUUGCAAUCUGAGUUUUCAGUCUUUUCCACACAAGCUGUAAUUUGAUUUUUAUUCUUUUGAUUAAUAAAUUUACCCUUUACAUAUGUACAA